AUGACAACUUCGGAGCCUGUCAGAUCGAGCCCUAAUUCAUCCAGCUCCUCUGCUUCUGCACGCAAAACCUCACCGCUUGCUUCCACUGCCCCAUCUGCUGGUGCCGAUUCAGAAAGCUUGCGUGGUGCUGGUUUACCUUCUCGCAAGUUUGACGGCCUUCCUCAAUCUCCGCUGCCCCCACUUCCGCCGCCAAACACCUUAGCAUCGGCUGGUGCUAAUCUAAAAACCGGAUCAUCUCCUGGAGGUCUAGCUGGCCUCCUCAGUCGCCUUACUAGUUCUGCAAUAGGGUCUUCUGUCACAUCAACUUCUGUAGCCUCUCUCAAUUGGCAAAAAAUUGACAAACAGAGAGUAGCUGAAUUGGAUCAAGUUGAAGGCGACAAUCAGGAGGGCGAAGAAAAUAUUGUGGAGGAAAGUAAAUGUAGUGGAGAGGAUCUAGCAGUUUCCGAAUUAAAAACAAAUGGAGAGGAAGGAGGAGAGGCAGAACAUUCAUUGAGUAGGUUAUGUUAUCAUUUUGCAACUAAUGGUGAUAAAUCUCGAUCUGUGUCAAAGCUAGAAUGUCGGAAUUGUAUUAGAGCUUACGAGCAGCUGGCCUUGAUCAAUUGCGAUUUCGCGUUCUUUGGAAGGUAUCUAUAUUGCUUGCAAAAUUUAUACCCAAAUAGAUGCAAUAAAAUGGUACAUUUCAAGAUUUCCUUUCAGCAUAUUAGCAGAUCAAUGAAUAAAUAUUUUUUGUAUAUUUCAUUUUUUUUAGUUUGUUUCACGAACUAUUAA